CAGCCACUGCUGAUCACCUACUCGGCUAGCGAAAAGCUGCUCCACAGUCCCUUUUGCGCUCACGUCCUCGACUCGAUUCGGUCGCAGUUCCCGCUGAGGAACCUCCACUGGCGCCGACCCGCCGUCCUUUCCACGACACAAGCAUUGCAAGAUGCGACGUCGACAAGCUCCGCCGCAGCACUACCAUCGCCGCCGCGGACGAUUCCCAGCCUGGACAUUCAGCUGGUCGAGCUUAACAAGCAGUUGAUGUCGGCACAGGCUCAGGCCAACGCUUUCAUCCCGCCCAGCUCCAUGCUCGAUCGGCCGUUCCUUCACCUCUACCUGUUAGUAUGUGAUGACGUGGACCACUACCGCACAAUCGUCAAGGAAGACAUCAAACGAUGGCUGCAGACGCUCCGAUCCUCCAAAGGCUUAGAGAUGGCACCUCAACAGAUCCGCAAUGGUGGAUUGAAGAUCGACUUGCUCUCCAAAUCCUCCGGCGCAUCGGGGGAAGCGCGUCCACCGGUGCCUACCAAGGAUGAUGUGGACGAUGUAGCAUCUUUAGAUGACAUUGAGCCAGAAUUCCUCAUUCUCCUCAUUUCUCCACAGGAUGCAGCAGGGAGCGGCGCUAGCGCCGCGACCGAGACGGUUAUGUCCACUCACUCACUCUCGCUUGGCGAGGCGCCCUCUUCCGGCUCGAUCUCACCGGGCGGCACAUCCUCUUCGUCUAAAGUCGGACGCUUCUACUCCUCCUUGUCCAAGAGCAUGGCCAGUGUUGUCGACAAGCUCCGACAGGACUUCAACAUGCCCCCAACACCCGGCACGGUGUCCGCAUCGAACCAGCAGGCAGAGCCACAGCAAAUGGCUGGUGCGCGGCCGCGGCACUCGGUCGAUCCGACAAUGUUCGCCGACCUGCUCAACCGCAUCAAGGGCUCCGUCGGCGCCACGCUCGACACAUUCGUGCGCAGACAGACGGCCGAGAUCGCGCGUGCUGAGAGCACCAAAGCCCCUGCGUUGGGCAUGUGGGAUUUCUGUGCGUGGGCGAGCGCCAGGGAGUUCCUCGCGCGUAGCUUUGAAGGUCUGCAACUGCUGGAAGAUGCUUGGAGCCAGUAUGCUUAUGUCGACAAAGAGAUUGUCAGCAGUGUCCAAGGUGAAUCGCACCCGUAUUUCCAGCAUCUCGGCGGUUUGUCCGCAGGAGACGACUCUUCCUCUGUCCUUGACGCCAGCCGCAAGCCGUACCGCGAGCUGCUACAGCGCGGCGAGAUAUCUCUGUUCGACUGCCGCUGCUACAUCUUUGCGCGUCAGGCAUCCCUCCUGUCGCGCAUGUCGACCGCUGCGCCGGUCGCACAUGUAGCGCUCAGUGAUGCAAGUGUGCCGCACGGCUUGACGGGCGUCAUGCGCCAGGCGGCAGCCUUCUUGCUUGGCCUCGGGCGCAUGCUGGCGUACAGGCAGAGUAUGCCGUUCAACUACAUUGACGCAUGGGUCUACACGAAUGCCCUGCUGGUCGUCGAGCAGUGUUCCCAAUGGCUUGUCGAGCGGGGCGACGCAACGAUGCGCUUGGGACUGAGCAUCGCUUUCCACCUUGCCAAAGCCGAGCUGAUCGGUAUUGCGCGGCGGCAGCUCGACAAGCUUGGAAUCGGGGCGUCGAUGCUGCCGCGACAGCCACCGUUCCGCGACUCGCUGCCCGAGAACGAGGUGCGCCGCCAACCCUUGCCCGCACUGCCACCUGGCCUGAAGGACGAUGAGGGCUGCGGAGUCGGCGUGUCCAACGUCGAGCUGCGCAAGGCGCUGGAGAGCGAGGGCAUCUUUGACAUGCAGUACACUGCGCUCGCUGAGCGCGAGAUGACCGCGUGGAUGACCGCGGGCAAGUCGAAGAACGUGAUCCUUCUCCAAAGUAUCCUCGGCCACCUCAACUUUGCGCGAGGGCGCUACGCGAACGCAUACGAGACAUUCACCGCCUUGCCGGACGCGUAUGGCGAGGAGAAUUGGAACUCGGUCGAAGAGGACCAGCUGGUCAUGCUGCUCGAGAGCCACGAGAGGCUUGGAAAACUUCAGGACGAGCAGUGGGCCAAGUCUGCCGUCAUGCUGCUUCGGGCCAAGGCGCUCGCAACGUCGCAACAGCAAGACCAACACACCCCCUUGCUUUUUACGCCGAUUUCGCGCCAGGCGUUCCGCUGGGCAUCAGAGGAGCACCUUUGGCAGAGCAUCCGUCAGGCUGCAGAGCACUUUGCAGAAGAGCAACCUGUCACUGGAUACCCGGGAUUUGUCAUCCGUCCCGUCAGCAGCCAGGCGGAGCAGAUGCCAGAUGAGGACGGCAGCACGCUGCAAGUGUCCAUAGAGUCUCUUGUCACUGUGCCUGUCCUCGUGGACGAUGUCCGAUUGUGCCUGACCAGUGCCAAACGCGACCAGCUCUGGUUUUCCUCUGGCUCCAUCAUGCUCAACCCAGGUCGAAGCCGAAUUGAGCUCUUUUGCCCCAGUCCGCCGCCAGGCCGCUACGUGAUCGACGUGAGCCAGGUGCGCGUUGCCAAGCUGAUCUUCCAAGAAGUCUUUGGUAAGGCGGCAAUGUCCACACCCGUGCCAGGCAUCUCAGGAGCCAGCAACCACGGCGCUGCGUACCUCGUGAACAUACCAGAAGAUGGGGACGCAUUGUAUGCGACGAUCGCAUUACCGCGCGAAGUAGACCUCGAUCGACGGCGUUGCGCAGAGCUGACCAUAGAGAGCGGGCGCAACCACGUGGAAACGGCCGACAUCGGCUUGAGCCUCCUUGAUGGGACGCCGCUCGCUGGGCUGCUUGAAGCGGAGCUUUCUGAGGGUCAAACGGCGCCGCUUCCGCUUUCGGUCGUGGAAGGACAGAACAAGGUUCAGGUGCACGGCAUUGCGAAAGGAUCUGCGGGUCGCAUCCUCGUUCCCCUACAUGAGGCUUCGCCUGAUGGAGUUCUACGAAUGACGAUCACUAUCGACUACAUCACCCAGCAGCGACCCGAGAUCACACGGCACUUUCGCCGGCGUGUCGACCUUCGCAUCGCUCUACCGCUCGGCGUCAAUGUGCAGGAUUUCUUCCGUGGCAGCAGUCUUUUCUCAAAAUUCUCUAUCAGCUCUGGAGGCAUCAGCACACUGCGCAUUCAGAGUGCCGAGCUGGUGGGCUCGACAGAUGGCUUCGAUGCCGAAGCACCCACCGCCUCUGAUCACUCAGUUGUGACCCCGCAGCAGCCGGCUGUGUUCAUCUUCAAGAUUUCGCGCUCUGCAGCCGCUUCUCCCGAGCCCGGUCAGGGUUUGCGUCUCAUUCUGCGGUAUCGCACGCUCGUGGAGGAGGCCCGAGGCAUCGUCCUCUCGAUUCUCGACUCUAUCCUUAAUGCGCAGUCAGACAAAAUGGUGUCAACUCGUCGAAAUUGUCUCACACGCGCGCUUGGCAGGCUCAUCGAAGAGCGUCUUGAUGUUGUGCGCUUCGCCGUCACUGGUGAGAUUUUUGCCGACGACUUCAACGAGUACGCCUGGAACGUCACGUGCGGGCGCUGGGGCCUGGCAGAGGAGAGCGAGGAGCGACAGUCGAUUAUCGAUGUUGUCAGGCAAACGCUUGCACGUGCUCUGGAGAAUGUUCCGUUGAACUCUGGAGCAGAGCCAGCAGACCUUCCGUGGCGGACACUUUCAAUUCCAGUCGAUGUGCCGCAGAUGAGCAUCGUCAAUUCGGUCCGCCUCCAGCUAUCCGACGGGCCCAUGCCGUUCAUAGUGGGCCAGCCGCGCGACGCGACCCUCAUCAUCAAGACAACAUUCAAAUGGGGCGCACCGCCAGCACCGCCUACUGCGCUGGAGCCUCCUGCACCUUCGCUUGCUGCCGGCAGUGAUAGCCUGCAACUUCCGGUAAACCCCUACGACACGUGGCUCAUCAGUGGAGAGCACCAUGGCAAGCUCUCCGCUGACCUGUCGUCGCUUGAUCAAACGCGCGAAGAUCUUCCCGCGCAGGAGUUCAAGAUUCAGCUCAUCCCGCUGCGCCACGGCUCACUGGUGCUGCCGGCUGUUACCGUCAAGGCGCAAGCGAUGAAGCUCAGCCUUCUGCCUGCCGCUGCUGCUCUAGGAGCAAAAGAAGAGAAUGGACACACGCGUUGGGAAGCCCAGGGUCAAGGGCCAGCGGCGACGGUGCCUUCGUGCGAAACGUUCCAGGACAAUGCGGCGGACCGCGUCGACGUUGUCCCGCGCAGGAGUCGCGCAACAUAUUGGGUC